UCAUGGGUCACUGGAUCGCUAUAUACAUUCAUUAUGAAACUCAAACACUCGGUUACUUUGACACUUAUAACUUAGAUCCAAGGUUGUAUUCACUGUCAUUACAUCACUUUAUACAAGUACAUCCGUAUAUGACGGUGUAUAGAUUAGCAUAUAGAUUACAGGGUCUGCAAUCCCUUGUGUGUGGCAUUUACACGAUGUACUUUUGCUAUCUCCUCAGUCAUCACCCCCUUAAACGUGUCAUGUAUUACCUCCAUGCAACCUUUAAGAAAGGACAGCAUUUCUAUAAUGAUAAACUUAUCACGCGAUUGGGAUACAAACUCUUUCCAUUACCACAAUGUGAAACAACAUUCUGCUUACUUAGUAACGCAAGGCAUUGUCGACGAGAGAUUUGCAACGUUAUCAUGUAAAGCAUGGUGCCAUGCUAAAGAGAGGGGUAGACGCGGGAGAACACCUGGAGGUAUGCUAGAGGAACAGCUGCUAUCGCAACACUUGCGUGUAUGGGUUGCCAAUUGGUUUCCAUACUGAUGCAUAUAAACCCAGACGUCCACCCACUACAACCGCACUUUACCAGCAAGUUGAAGUGUAUACGCAACGUGAUGGCUAAACGGUUCUCGUCAACCACGUUCGAUGGUCUGGUAAUCAACAUUAAUUAUUACUGUUCUCGCAACUCACCAGAUGAAAGCAUGAUACGAGAAAGUGUCGAUGCAGACGCACCGAGCAGGGAGACUGAAGGACGUGGUGCUGUUAAGCACAAGAAACGUAUCAUCACAGACUACAAAGCACCCCCUCCAAAGAUCGGUGAAACCGCGAGGCGGGAAAACGCUGACGCAGAAAUGCUGAGCAUGGCAGCUGAAGGUUGCGAGGAUGCUCCAUACAGGAAUCUCAUCUCCCCUCCAAAGAACGACUCCAAGGUACCCUCAGCCGAAAUCACCGUGGAUUUGACGCCUCCAUCCCCUGCGGAGGAGACAAAGGAUGACAAGCAGCCGUCAAAGGAAGAAAAAUCUGCCUUCAAUCCGUCGUUUACACCCAAGAUCUUACCUCCAUCUCUGUUGAAAAAGAAACGAGUUGCAUCCAUCUAAAUUGCGUGUGUUUGUAUGUUAUUACUAAGACGUGUUUUUCUUUUUUGCGUGG